GUUGAAGAGUGACUCUUACUGGGUUUGGAUAGCGGCCUCUUCCGCCAUCUGAAUUGCUUCUGGAACUCUUGCAACCCAUGUUACUGACAUUUCCAUAUGUAACUACUUCACAGCCGUUCCAGAGUUAUCCAGAGCAAACAAGCAUCUAUCAGAGUGUAAAAAACUGAUCCAAGUGAACAAAUCUUUAGUUCUAAGUUAUUUAGAAUAAUACCCAUUAUUAAAGAAUCUAAGAAAAAAAUAUUAUUUAAGUACAAUCUUGUGUCAUUAAAAUGUUUCAUAUUUUGAAACUAUAUGGCUAAGCCAUUUGAUUAGCAUAACUAGAUGUAAGAGAACCAGCUGUCUUUAACAUAUGUACUAGAAAGCAGCUUCCUUGACUAAGAAGACUUGGGAUCAUACCAGUGCUAACAUAUGGCUUUUUAAGAGUCAUCUUAGGCAGGAACCUUAGUCUUUGUUUGCCAAAGUCUUUAUAUCAUGUGAUUUCCUUUUGAAAUUAUUUCAAAUGGUAGAUUAUCACUGAACUUUAUAUAUUCUUGUUACUUGUUUUAUUCAUUAGUUGCCUUUCUAUAUACAUAUACGUAAAUUGUUUAUAAAUCAACCCACAUUUUAAUGAGGGAGAAACCUUUCUGGACCUCAGAUGCCCCAUCCACAGUGAGUGUUUGGAUUAGACAUUCUUAAUUUCUAGCCAGUUCAAAAUACUGUUCUGAUGAGGAAGCCUUGUUGUUAGGUGACAUAUUUUUUGUAAGAUAAGUAAACCCAUAAUUAUUUUGUAUAAGCUUUUUUUUUUUUUUUUUGUAGUAGUAGGUUUUUUGAAAGACACUCCUACAGACGUUAAUAUUUAAGUGGGGCCUUGCAGUGAAGCAUAUGUCCUUAACCUUAAUCAUUAUAUUUAUUCUUUCUGCAAGGUAGACUUAGGAAGUUUGCAAAUUGAAAUUUAGAGGUUCAUAUAUUGAAAAUUAAGUUCAUUGGUAUAAUGGAAAGAAAAAUCCAAAGUUCAUUUUCUAAUAUCUGAAAAGCUUUUUAAAGUACAUUCUUAGAAAGAGGUUCAUAUGGUUUAGCUGUUUCCCCACCCAAAAUCUCAUCUUGAAUUGUAAUCCCCAUAAUCCCCGUGUGUCAAAGGAGAGACCAGGUGGAGGUAAUUGAAUCAUGGGGGCAGUUUCCCACAUGCUGUUCUCAUGAUGGUGAGUGAGUCUCAUGAUAGCUGAUGGUUUUAUAAGGGGCUCUUCCCACUUUGCUCUGUCACUCUUCCCUGCUGCCUUGUGAAGAAGUUGCCUUGCUUCCCCUUCUGCCAUGAUUGUAAGUUUCCUGAGGCUUCCCCAGCCAUGCUGAACUGUGAGUCAAUUAAACGUCUUUCUCUUAUAAAUUACCCAGUGUCGGGCAGUUCUUUAUAGCAGUGUGAGAACAGAAUAAUAAGAGGUAUUCUAAAUCAAGUCAGUACUUCAAAAUCUUACUGUCCUUUUAGAGUUGAGAUCUAAACGAUACUCAACUAUGUGAUCCACCUGAAUAUUUUAGGGUUUUAAAUCAUUCUUGUUUAAAUUUAUGACCCCUUUGGGGGAAGCUGUUAGUAUUUACCAGUGGUAGGCUAACAGUUCCUAACUGAGCUUUUGCUGAUCUGAUUUUAAUAAAUUCUAGUUGAAAGUCCUAUAGAAGAGAAGGAAAUAGCAAUGGUGCUAACUCGAUUAAAAAUAAAAACAAAAUGCACCUUGUAUAAUUCCAUAUUACCACAUUUAGCUAAACAGUGUUUGUAUGUAGAGAUUUCUGGGUUCUGGGUGGAGGAGCUCGACAGAGAGGGAGCAGAGAGUUAGCAGAUUUGGAAAAUGAGACGAAAUGAAGUUGAAAUUAGGAAUUUGUACAGAUUUAUGUUAGCUAUUCUGUUACUAUUACUAGUGGGCUUUCAUUUAAUAUUGCUCCAAAAUUUUGAUUGACUUUAUCUUUCAAACAGUGUAUUCUACUUAUGCUUUCUCUUUUGUAGGCAGGGGAGUCAGUGAUACUCUAUGCAUUUUGUUUUGUUUUUUUUCUUUCCUUGCUUCAACCUGAAGAAGUAAAUCGCCUGUUUCUUCUUGAUUAAUGUCCAUUGGUUAUGCCUUUAGUAAACUUUCCUUGUUUAGAGUCUUGUGUAUGUUUUUCCAAGCAUCUUUUAAGUCUGUACAAAUUCAGUUUUGCUGGCAGUUUUUAGUGAAGAACCAAAAUAUUCAAAUUUUUGUGUAAAUAGUUUUCAUAUUUUUGAGGCAAUCAUUUUUACUCUUGUGGAGUCACCUAUACAUCAGAGAUUCCACAUGUGAAAUUUUUGUGUUUUAGAAAUACAUCCUAGAAGUGACUUUUGUUUCCCUUUAGGAUCAAGAGGUUUUGCAAUAUAUGGCAGAACAACAGUGAAUAUAAGGGGUAAGGGAACCUGAGUUCUAGGCUAAGCUGUGACCUUAAUAAAUCUUAACCAUGGUAAGUCAUUCAACCUCCCUGGAUCUCAGUUUUAUCUAUGAAAUAAUCCUCACUAACAUUCUCUGACUUUAACUUUAAAAGUUAGAAUCAGAACUAUUACCCUCUCCACGAAAAAACCGAACCUGCUCCAAUGUAAGAAUUGUUUACAGUCAAUUAUAAGUCAAGGUGGAAAUGGCUUUGGUUAAUCAAAAAGGGUGAAGUAUCCAGUGCGUGCACAGAUGACCUUGAAAUGUAAGAGUUAUGAGUGGGAAGCACUGGGGUUUAUGAUGUCUCAUGCAUUCAGCUUGGAAGACAGUGUGAAAUGGGAACAGAAGCAUAAAUAACCGGACAUUUGUUGUUCCUUUGGCAGAUGAACCAUAUUUUAUUGGGACUUGUUGCUUAACUGCUGGUUCUAAACUUCAUGUGUUAGAAAGAAGAUGAGUAAUUAUGUUUUUGGCAUGAUAGAUUGUUGUAAAAUGUUUAAACUAUUUAGUAACAUAGUUUAAGAUCCCGAAUUCCAAUAUGAAGGUGUUGUGUGGUAUCUGCUGACUUUUGACCCACAUGGAUAAAGUGCCAUCUUAGAACUGAAAGCCGGCAGGGUGUGGUGGCUCAUGCCUGUAAUCCCAGCACUUUGGGAGGCUGAGGCGGGCAGGUCACUUGAGGUCAGGAGUUUGAGACCACCCUGGCCAACAUGGUGAAACUCUGUCUCUACUAAAAAUACAAAAAUUAGCUGGGUGUGGUGGCAGGUGCCUGUAGUCCGAGCUACUUGGGAGGCAGAGGUGGGAGAAUUGUUUGAACUGGAGACCGAGGUUGCAGUGAACUGAGAUUGUGCCACUGCACUCCAGCCUGUGAGACAGAGUGAGACUCCUUCUCAAAAAAAAAAAAAAAGAGAAGUGAAAGCCAUAGAUGCUUAGAUCCUUACCUGCAGUGGUGGUGGUCACAUACAGGAUGCCCACCCACAAGGCUGUUGGAGGAAUCUGCCUCAUCAGGGCUAACACCCAUGCAGGCACACACAUAACCCCACAUGGUUUUUAUUAAGCAUAAAACUUUAAAAACUGCAACUUUAAAAUACAUAUUUAAUUAUGAUAAUGCAAGCUCAAAGAAAAUUAGAGAAAAUUUUCCAGAGGAAAAAGUAGAAAAAGGAACCUAAACUCAGAAUAAUACAUAGCACAAGACUUUGCAUUUUCUUCAUAAUUUUCCUCCCAAUGCAGGGCAGUUGUAUUUUUACAUAGUUGUGAUCAUACCGUUAUGCAAUCAUAGCAUUUUAUUUUCUUAGGUUAAAAAUAAUCUGUACUUGGUAUUUAUAAAAUGCAAAUAAUUUUGAUGAAAAAACUUUGAAGAAAAGAGAAAAUGCCUCUUCGUUCUCUCAUUUCACUCCCUAGAAAUAAUUAGUGUCAACAAUUUUAUUUUUCACAGCCAUUUUAUGGACAUUGAAAUAUGCAAACUUUUAAAAAGCAGUGGCAUGAUAAUCUGUAACUUUAUGAAAAAUUACAUUGUGGACAUAGUCUUACAAUGACGCAGAUAAAUCUAGAGAAGUGCCGUUCAGUAGUAAUAAAAUGUGAACCUCUUGGUCAUUUUUAAUUUUCUAGUUGCCACAUUAAAAGAGUAAAAAUAGGUGAGCUUAAUAUAUUUUAUUUAACCCGAUAUAUCCAAAACAGGAUCAUUUAAACAUGUAGUCAAUGUAAGAGAUAUUAAUGAGAGAUUUAAGUUUUUAAACUGUUUUUGUAAUAAAUCUGGCAUGUAUUUUACACUCAAGCAUAUCUCAAUUCAGAUGUGAAAUUUUCAUUGGAAAUACUUGAUCUGUAUUUAGAGUUUAUAGAACUUACAAUUGAAAAAGUAGAAUCACAAACCCAAUUUUUUCCAGACAUACUUCAAAGUUUUCUAAUAACUGAGUAUCAAUUAAUUAAAGUAAAAUUCAGUUCCUCAGUUGCACAGACCACAUUUUAAGUGCUCAGUAGCUAAUGGGUCCUGUAUUACCCAGGAGCAGACUAUCAUUUUUAAUAGUUGCAUACGUUUAUUUGCUGAUAAUGUUUACUGAGUGCUUACUAUAUUGUUGGCUACUAUUAAUCAGGCUCCAUGUGUUACUUCUAUUAAUCAGGCUUCAUGUGUUACCUCUAUUAAUCCCCCCAAUGAUUCUGAAAGAUAUUCUAAAUGUACGGAAGAAAUAGAAACUUAGUGCAGCUAUUAAAAAGCAUAACUAAGUGUUAAACCUAGGUCUUUGAUAUGAAGGAUCAUGCUGUUUCCCUCUCCUUUAAUGUGGCUCUGUUAUGAUUUAUUUAAUCAUUGACCUACCAGUAGAUAUUUUGGUUAUUGUUUAUUAUUGGCAAUUGCAAACCAUACUUCAGUGACCAUCUUUGUGAGCAUAACUUACAUAAUUGUUUCAUAAAAAAUUCAAUGAGAAUACACAUUUUAAAUAUUCAUAGCCAGUCAUGGUGGCUCAUGCCUGUAAUCCUAGGACUUUGGGAGGCCAAGGCAGGAAGAUCAGUUGAAUUCAGGAGUUCAAGACCAGCUUGGGCAACAUAGUAAGACCUCAUCUCUACCAAAAAUUAAAAAGAUAAAUAGGCGUGGUGGCAAGUGCCUAUAGUCCCAGCUACUUGGGAGGCUGAGGUGGGAGGAUUGUUUGAGCCUGAGAGGUUGAGGCUGCAGUGAGCUGUGAUGGCACCACUGUACUGAUGCCUGGGCAUCAGAGUGAGAUCCUGUCUCAAAAAAAAAAAAAAAAAAAUUGUUUUCAAAGUAUCCUACAAAAAGACCUUAUCAGUCAUAUUUCUAAUAGAGUAUCAGAAUGUACUUUCACUAAGUAUUAUCAAUCUUUUUCAUCUUUCUUGGUCUAAUUGGAGAAAAUGUCUCUUAGCUACACUUUGAUUGCCAGUGGGUUAUUGCAUCUAUUCAUGUUUGAUCAUUUGUGGGGUUUUUCUGAAUUGUCUGUUCACUGAACUCUCUUCAUAAGCACAAUGCCUAGUACAUAAUGCCUAGUAUAUAAUACUGCAUCAUGUGGAUUGUGUUACUCUUCCCUUAUUUGGACUUGCUGCUUAUUUCUACUUUUUUUCAUAUUAUAAAUAAUACUGCAGUGCAUAUCUCUGUAUGUCUUUUUUUGUAUCUAUUUUAUGUUAUUUCCUUAAAAUAAAUUCCUGUUAGUGGAAUUACUGGGUCAAGGCAGUGAAUAUUUUGAGACUCAUGGUAUAGAAUGACAAAUUUAUUUUCAAAGUGCUGCUCUAGUUUACCAUCCAGCCAUUGUUUGGGACCAGUAGUAUUGAAAAUAUAUAUAUUUAUUAAAAUAUAACGGUACAGAAAAGUGUAAUUAACCUAAAUAUAUAGCUUAAUAAAUUUAUAAACUGAACACAGCCAUCUCAACAGCACCCGAAGCAUUGCAGAGUGUUACCAGCACUCCCAGAAGCGUGCCUGUGCUCCUUUUUAGCCAAUGUCUCUACCCCCCACUGCACUGACUUCUAACAGCAAAAGUAUGUUGUACAUGUAAUGUUCAAAGGCUAACAUGUCACUUUUCCAUACAUGCAUGUUGAUAUCUUUAUUAUGCAAGUAAUGUGUUCAUUGUUUUAAAAAAACACUAUUAUAAAAUGCACUGACUAUAUUUUUAUUGUAUUUAUUUUGUAGAGAUGGGGUUUUGCUAUGUUGCCCAGGCUGGUCUGCAACUCCUGGCCUCAAGCGUUCCGACUGUCUUGGCUUCCCAAAGUGCUGGGACUAUAGGCGCAAGCCACAGUGCCCAGCUGAGUAUAUUUUUAAAAGCAUGUAUUAUCCCCCUAGUGAAUGUUGCUCUGCAUAGUUUUUAAUAUAUAUUAAAUAAAUCGGGCUGUUGGAUUGACUAUCAGAAUGUCAUCUUAAACUCUAAUUGAUAAUCAGAAAAGGAAUCCUGCAGUCCAGGAGAUACUAGCAUAAUGAUCAGUUUCUCUUCAAGGCUUCUAGAUAUCCAUUGUAAGACAAGGAAUGGGGAUGGGGAGGGGGCUUGUUAAAAAAUGUGCCGUCAAGAGUCUGACUUCAUAGGUCUCAUAGGGGCCUAGGGAACUACAUUUAAAAAAUAUUUUUAGGCCGGGCGCGGUGGCUCAUGCCUGUAAUCCCAGCACUUUGGGCGGCUGAGAUGGGCAGAUCACAAGAUCAAGAGAUCAAGACCAUCCUGGCCAACAUACUGAAACUCUGUCUGUACUAAAAAUACAAAAACUAGCUGGGUGUGGUGGUGUGUGCCUGUAGUCCCAGCUACUUAGGAGGCUGAGGCAGGAGAAUCACUUGAACCUGGGAGGCGGAGGUUGCAGUGAGCUGAGAUUACGUCACUGCAUUCCAGCCUGGUGACAGAGUGAGACUGUGUCUCAAAAAAAUUUUUUUUUAAAUUUCUUGAUACAUAAUGGUUGUGCAUAUUUUUAGGGUACAUGUGAUAUUUUGUUACGUGUGUAUAAUGUGUAAUGAUCAAAUGAAGGUAAUUGGAAUAUCCAUCAUUUUAAACAUUUAUCUUUAUGCUGCAAGCAUUUGAAUUAUUCUCUUCUUGCUAUUUUGAAAUAUACGAUAGAUUAUUGUUGAACUAUAGUCACCCUGCUGAUCUAUUGAGCACUAGGUCUUAUUUCUUCUAACUGUAUUUUUUACCCAUUAAUCAACCUCUCUUCAUCCUCCUUUCCCCCUGCACUCUUCUGGCCUCAGGUAAACACCUAUCAAUUCUUUGUCUUCAUGAAAUCCACCAUGAGUGAAAUCUCAUCCACUUAUGAGUAAGAACGUGCAGUAUUUGUCUUUCUGUGCCUGGCUUAUUUCACUGAGCAUAGUGACAUCCAGGGGAACUGCAUCUUUAACAACACUCACGUGACUGACUCAGGCACAUCAUCAUGAAGUGAACUCCAUGUGGGCAGGGGCCUAGCUAGUAUCAUUCACUGCUGUAUGCCUGGCCACAUAGUAGACAUCAGUGAGUGUUUGCUAAAUGGGUAGAUGAGUGGUUUGAAAGUUGAAUCAGGUGGUUCUCACUCACAUUUACCAGAGUUCUGGGAUUGUAAAAGUGGUGGCACUGUCUGAUCUACUGUUUACUUGUCAUGGGUCUUUAAAGAAGUUUCUAAAAGUCUUAUACUUUGAUGUUUGCAUAAAUUAUAUUUUGACAACCUUUUAAAAACUGUUGUUGCAGUCAUGUAUUCAGUUCAAAUCAUUCUAUAGUAGAUUGGAUUGUAGCUAAAUAAGCAAAAUGACUCAUUUAAUAAAGUGUUUUGCUUCAGAUAAAGUAAUGAAUCUAUUCACUUUUCAUUCUAUACAAAAUUAUUUUUGACACCACUCUGGAAAUUCACUCUGAUGUUAAGAAUAGUCUAUACCUUUCAUGAAUCCAACUCAGAAAUAAAAUAAGUGACCUGUUGUACCACUAUUUGGAAGUAUUCUUUGGUGUUUAAUGAUAAAUAUACUUUAUACUAAAAGCACAUGGUUUUUUACAUAUAUUGUAAAAAAGAUGCAAGCCCUUGAACACGUGCUUUUGUGUUUGUACCCCAGGGAUGUUCUUUACUAGUGAUGUGACUUUGAGAAACUAUCAUCGUCUUUUUGGACCUAGGUUUCCUCAACCUUAAAAUGGAAAUAGUACCAGCUUCACAGGGUCCUUGUGAAAAUUCAGUGAUAAUGUGUGUACGUGUUUAGCACUGUUUCUGACCUGUGGACAUGAAAGAUCAGAUGUCAACUUCAUCUGUGCAGGCAUUAGCUGAAAGAAGAAAUAGACAGGCACUGCUGGGAGACAGUGGCAGCCAGAACUGGAGCACUGGAACAAUAGAUAAAUACGGGCGUGUGGACCGAGAGCUCCAGAGAGCCAAUUCUCAUUUCAUUGAGGAGCAGCAGGCACAGCAGCAGUUGAUCGUGGAACAGCAGGAUGAGCAGUUGGAGCUGGUCUCUGGCAGCAUCGGGGUGCUGAAGAACAUGUCCCAGCGCAUCGGAGGGGAGCUGGAGGAACAGGCAGUUAUGUUGGAAGAUUUCUCUCAUGAAUUGGAGAGCACUCAGUCCCGGCUGGACAAUGUGAUGAAGAAACUUGCAAAAGUAUCUCAUAUGACCAGUGAUCGGCGCCAGUGGUGUGCCAUAGCCAUCCUCUUUGCAGUCCUGUUGGUUGUGCUCAUCCUCUUCUUAGUGCUGUGACAGCGGGGCCUCUGGGUGCGAGUUCCUCCUGCAUAUGAACCGAGGGGAGGAGGAGAAGCUGAGCACGUGUGACAUUGCCAUCUACUCACAUUCCUAUCCUGGAAACAUACUGCUGCACUGACUUUUCUCCGUGUGACCCCACAAUUGACAUGGCUCCUCCAUCCCAGCGCUGGAAGGGCAAGUAGGAAGAGGAAAUAGAUGUCUGCACUCCUGGUUGCAGCUGGACAACAGAAGCCCCAUGCCACCUGUCCAGUUCAGUGGAGAACUGGCUGCUGCCUUGCCUUCCGGGACCUUGUUUGCUGCGGAGGGACUCACAGACUCCACUGGUAUUUUGCUGUUGCUCAUUCCAUGCAUCUUUGGCAGCUCUUUUCUUCUGCUUAGACCCUUCCCCAUGCUCAGACAGUGUGCCGCUGUCCCACCUAAAGAAACCUGUCAGGAAUGCGAGCUUCUGGGUAUGUUUCGUUUCCCAUUGCUGUAGCAUUUCUUAGCCCCUGAGAGCUGAUGAUGACUGAGGACAGAAGGCUCAGAAACAGUUUGUGACAGAAAAUGCAGUGUUUCAUUUUUCAGGGAUAAAUGCUAAGAUAAAAUUGCUUUUCCAGGUCAUUUUUUUGUGGUGAGAAUAACUAAUGGAAAAUAAUGAAACACCGUGGGGUUUGGGGGUGCUAACAACUUGUGGCUUUAACUGACAGGAGCAAUUAAAAAGAGCAAGAGGGCUCUGCAUUGGCAUAGCUUAGGGAAGGGUUAAUGAUGUCACCAGAGGUCAGCCCUUGAUCCUUGCCGACUUGAUGUUGCUGUACCAGGGCUUCCUCCCCAGAGGUGCAGCUUGCGUUUUGAGGGUGAUUGCUAUGUAUGUUGUUGCUAAACAGCUCAGUAACACACUUGAAUGAAUUUGGAUACCAGAUUGUCCUGGUUACAGUUCUUUUACUCAUAGGGCACUCUACAUUGGGGGUUGGGGUUGGGAGUGGUUAGUACAUUUGUUACAUUUAUUCAGAAACAUAAUGACAUAAAAGGUUAGCUCUGGGCCAGACUUCUCUUACUCUGUGGGUAAUGGCAAGGAUGUGUAGGUAAACUUAGUUCUUUUUUUUCCCUAAGAUGACAACUUGAUUUUAUCAUCUGCAGUCAAAUAACUGAGCCAAUCCAAAUUUAAAUGAUAGAUGCUUUAAUUGAGUUUAAGUAGCUGAAACUGCUGAGACACUAAACUUUAAGCUUCUGAUGACUUUUUAAAAUGCCUCAAAUGUGCACAUGUAUAUAGGAUAUUUUUAUAACUUCCCUGAUGAAUAAUCUGAUAUUAAAGUAGUAUUUGGACCCAGAGCCAGAACUCGGUGGUGGAGGCUGCUGGUCUCUCCUCACCACCUUCUUUUGCACUUGGAAAGAACAGCAACAUCUGGAUAGAGUUCUAGCUUUGACUUCUCAUUUCCUUGUCUUUUUGGGUGCAUUCCUCAGCACACUUUUUUUUUUAACCUUUUGUUUUGUUUUAUUUGUAUUUCAUGUGGUUUUAUUUGGGGGUUUUGUUUUUUUCACCCUUUUUUGUGAUUUGCAAUGAUGUGCUUGCCCAGCUAACUUUUGAAUUGCACUUUUUAAUAAAUAUUCUUAAUUUUUGAAGAAGGAUAUUUUAUCUCAUUUGAGAUCAUGGUAGGUUAAGAAAAUAUGCCUGUUGAUGAAAGCUAAAAGCAAAUUCGUGAAACUGAAAGGGUGAUUGACAUCCAUGUUUACACUCCGCUCUAAUGUUUGAUAUAUAAAUAAGUUAUUUUCAAAUUAGGAAAAAAAAAGUGAGUAUUACAAAGGGCUUCAGAUGUUUAGAGUACUGGGUUAUUUAUGUUUUACAAAGUUUGAAUCUUCUGUAAACUAAGGGGAUGAUCCUUAGAUUUGCAUUAAAAUAUAUAAGUCUUUUAAAGUAAAUGUGGACCUUGUCUAAGUACUGUAAUCCACACAACACAUUAUAAGAAGCAAACCAGCAUCUUAAGGAAUUAUAAAAUUACCCUGUUUAAAAGCCAUGCUAUUGUUCUGCUAUUACCAGAUUUAUUGUGCCACACAAAAGGAUCAUGUGUGUCAGCAGGGGCCGUUUGGAACAAACCUAGUCAUUAAUGAGUAAGAUACUCCUGUUAGUUCAGGGAUCAAGUUUUAUGACCCAGAGGCUUAAUGAUGUUUGGAUAUAUUUCAAAUCGACGUGCUUACCUCACUCAUUUAAAUUAUUUUCUAAAUAGUGGCCAUUGUAGACCUGACUCAGGCUGAAGCUAAAUAGAGAACAAUUUAGAAAGUUAACUAAAAAUACAGGACAUUCUCCCCGUAGGGCCACCAUGCCCUUCUGCCUCUGGCUGACUUGAUCCUGUGUCUGAUCCCAUUGCACCCUGACUGGGCAGUCCCUACAGAACCAGUGUUAAUUUGAAGGGCCUCCACUCAGGCUCCAAAUGUGGCAGCCAAAGAGAACAAUCCAGGGAACCUACAUUUAUUUUUAAGGACAAAUAUUUCCCCCCUCAGUGAUCCUAAUGUUCAGGGCCUUAGAGGGAACCCAGGUGGUCUCUUUAUCCUGUGUCCUAGAAUGGGAGAGUAAGUAGACAGUGGUGAUAACCCCACACUACUUAUAAGUGCAUCUUUAUAGUAUUUGGAGCUUUCUUUUCCCUUUAGCCUUCUGUACCUAGUACCAUAUUCCAGUUUUAAAGAACUGGCAGAAUGUGAUGGAUAACAGAGAAAGAGCUCAAUUUAUGUUUAUUGGAAGAACAUUUUACUUAAAUGAUUUGAGGGGUGGGAGGGAAUGAACUAUUGAGUUUGCCAGAGUGAAAAUCCAUCUGAAAAACUCAACUACCUUUAGUUUUUAGUCCUAAUUUUCAGUCUUGUCUCUGCGGACUGUGAAGAAUCACAAUGCUCUGUAUGCCCUGGACUGUGUGGCAAAUGCAGGUUGCAGCGUGUGUGUUACAUGAGGAUCUUCCACAAUUUCAGAAUGCACGCCAGAGCUGAAGGGGGAAACUUGGUAACUUGCCCAUUAUUCUCUGCUUUUAGCCAGAGUUAAACAGACUGAUGGGUCUGGUAGCCAACAACUUGGCAACUUCCACUCCUUCUCACCUCGUGAGAUUAAGGGCUGUGAAAAGAAAUCUAGUCUAACUCCAACAGAAAUCUGUCUCUGUUAAGUGUUUUACCUUCUGUAAGUAGAGAUGCUAGAGCCAAGAUUUUUCUUUUGGUAAUUUCCCUGUCUAUAAAGUGAGACCAGAGGGAUAUCUGUUCCCUGUUACCUUUUUGGAGAAUUCAUAACAUUUGAAGAUCAAAAAAUUGAAUGAUAAAUAUGAAUGGCUUUUCAAUUCUGUGGACUUUGUACCGUUUGGCUUCACCUUGUACUGCAAGAUGAAUUUGUAAACAAAACAAAAUUGGACUGUCUGGAAAGCUAAAGUUCUAAAAUAUGGAAUGUACUGCCUCUAAUUUUUCUUUGUCUUCCUCUAACUGGCAUUUUUUUCUCUCCCAGGUUUCUUAAGAAUAAUGUUUUUUAAAGGAGGCUUUUUGCCCAUCAAGAAUAAAAAGAAAUAAAACCAAAGGGUUACUGGA